AUGGAUAAGAGAUGCACCAAAUUCUUGAAGGCAAAAUACUUAUCUCGUGGUUGUGGCUGGUUGUUGCGGGCAAGGAAGUACGAAACCUCAGAAAACUUUUGCAUAUACAAGUAUGUCGGGUUGCACACAUGCGGUGUUGAACACGCCACCCGCAGGCAUACGAGAAUCCCCUCCGAAUUAAUUGCUUCACUAUUCGUAAAUCAUUUUCAAAAUAGUAAGGGUCCAAGCAUAAGAGAAAUUCAAAGAAUUGUGUUGAAGGAGAUGCAUUGCAACACAAGCUAUUGGAUGUGUUGGAAAGGUAAUAUAAUUGUGAAGAACAUCAUUCACGGGACACCGAAGCACGGAUAUUCUUGCUUGCCAGCUUUUUCCCAUAUGGUGGAAUUAUUAAAUCCCGGGUCUUCUUACUCUAUCAUGGUAAACCUGAUGGAUGAAUCGUUCAUUUACUACUUCUUAGUAUUCGGAGCUUGCAUACAUAGAUAUGCCCACAUGAGAAAGGUAAUUACCGUAGAUGGAACACAUUUGUAUGGAAAGUACGGGGAUGUGUUGGUGAGUGCCGUUGCACAGGAUAUCAAAAAUCAUAUCUUUCUAAUUGCUUUUUAUGUCGUGGAUAAGGAGAACGAUGUUUCUUGGACCUUUUUCUUUGAGAAGUUAAAGUCUAUAGUAGAAGAUGAACCAGAUCUAUGUAUCAUCUCUAAUAGGCACAUUAGCAUUGCCAAUGCUUUCUUCCGUGUUUACAGUUAUGCACAUCAUGGACAUUGCAUGAGGAACCUCGCUGACUAUCUUCAUGUAAAUCAACAUUGUGGAGAACAUCUUUAUUUGCUUUAUGCCGCGGCAAAGGCUAAUAUUGUUGAUGAGUUUAGCGAGCAUUUUGCAGAAUUGAAGAAUAAUUACCCCGAGGCAGCACAUAUCCUUGAAAAUAUGCUUGGUUUUGAGAAAUGGAGUAGAGCAUACUUCCCGGGUAAUAGGUACGAUGUGAUGACCACAAAUAUCGCCGAUUCGCUCAACUCGGUGUUGAUGGAUGAACUGGAGUACCCCGUGUCGCACAUAUUCAAUUUAAUUGUCAAAAAAUUUGGUGAAAAAUUUUAG